AUGGGCGGCUGCAUGCUCAAGUGCGACUCGCGUUUGCCCUGCGGCCACGCCUGCACCCUGAACUGUCAUCCGGAUGACUCGCUGCAUGAAGAGAUCAAGUGCUAUAGCAAGUGCGCCAAAAAACGGGAGUGUCAGCACGCCUGUCCGCUAAAGUGUUGGCAGCCAUGCGGCGACUGCCGCGUGCGAGUACGCAAGACGCUGCCCUGCGGUCACACGACCAGCCAGCCGUGCUAUCUCGCGCCGGAGCUAUGCGUGUGCGACUAUCCGUGCACCAAGGGCCUGCCGUGUGGCCACAACGCAGUCGUGCCUUGCCACCAGGCACCUGAGCUGGUGGUCUGCAAGGCCAAGUGCGAGGCAGUGUUGCCCUGCGGACACCCGUGUACGGGAACGUGCAGCUCGUGCGAGCAGGGCAACAACCACGUCGCAUGCACCAAGAAGUGCGAGCGGACACUCGUGUGCGGACAUCCGUGCGACUCGCCGUGCGUCAAAGACUGUCCGCCGUGCAAGAGGAAAUGCGCCAACAAGUGCGUGCACAGCACGUGCAACCUAAAGCACGGAGCCUUGCGCCUGGCGCUGCGAGCACGUGACGUGUCCGUCACUCUGCGGCGAGCCGUGCGACCGCCCUCCUUGCAACGAGCCCUGCAAGUUGGCGCUUCCCUGCGGCCAUCCCUGCAUUGGUCUCUGCGGCGAGCCGUGUCCUACGUGGUGCUUCACCUGCACCCCUGA